AUGAAAAUAAUUAUCAAAACCUUAAAUGGAUCGAAUUUGGAAAUUGAAGUACAAACAACAGAAACAGUAAAUAUGAUUUAAAUAUUAGGUUCUAAACAUUAAACAAAAAAUUGAAUAGCUUAAGUAAUUUGAAAUAGAUUAAUAAAAAAUAUUAAGAAAAGGUACUAUUUUGCAAAAUGAAUAAACUGUUGGUGAAUUGGGACUUAAAGAAAAAGACCUACUCGUUGUAAUGGUCAACGUUAAAGUAACUAAUUUAACUACAUUAAUUUAGAAAGAACCUCCUAAACAAUAAUCAGUUUAAUAAUAAUUUCAAUAGUAAUCUUAGUAAACACAAUCUAUUUAAGAAUAAAAACCUAUAUAAGUGCCAAAACCAAUUAUUAACUCAGAAUAUUUAUAGAGAAAUUCAUAAUAUCAUAUAUUUCUUGAAAGUUUGGUUUAAAAAGGAUUUUCUAAAUCUCAAUGUACAAGGAAGGAAAAUAAAGCUGGAUUUAGUUAAAUCUAUUAUGAUUAGUUUUAUUAUUCGAAAUAUAAAGAUGUUCCUUUUAUUCAAUAUUUGACAGAAUUAUAUAUUAAAGAUCCAGAAGCAAUCCUAUAGAUUCUAAAUGAAUUCAAAAAAUAAAAUCCCUAAUUAUUGCAAGUAAAUAAUUUAUUUAAUUUUAACUGAGUC